AUGGCCACUUCUUCUCGGACAGGGAGCCUCCGUAAUCCAGAGGUGGCCGAUUUAUUGACAGAGAUGAUCAUGAUAGCUAUCGAUGAUCCUCGGGAAUUGGACAUGGAAGUUCGGAUGCUGUUUACUAUGCACGGGCAUGUGGCAUCAAAAGAGGUGGUGGCAAUUAAGAAAAUGUCCUACAGUGGGAAGCGUGCAGAAAAAUGGCAGGAUAUCUUGAAAGAGAUCAAGUUCUUACGUAGCCUUCGCCAUCCAAAUACUGUCACCUAUAAAGGCUGUUACUUAAAAGAAUCAACAGUUUGGCUGGUAAUGGAAUAUUGUCUUGGAUCAGCUUCGGAUAUCAUUGAGGUUCACAGGCAGCCCCUGAGGGAAGAUGAAAUUAGUGCCAUAUGUGAAGGAUGUCUCCAGGGUCUCUCUUAUCUCCACUCUUUAGGCAAAAUUCAUCGGGAUAUAAAAGCCGGCAAUAUUCUGCUCACAGAAAAUGGCACUGUCAAAUUAGCUGAUUUUGGAAGUGCCAGUAUUAACUCUCCAGCUAAUAGCUUUGUUGGUACGCCGUACUGGAUGGCCCCAGAAGUUAUUUUAGCUAUGGAUGAGGGACAGUAUGAUGGAAAGGUUGAUGUAUGGUCUUUAGGCAUCACGUGCAUAGAAUUAGCCGAGCGCAAACCUCCCUACUUUAAUAUGAACGCAAUGAGUGCCUUGUACCAUAUUGCGCAAAAUGAUGCACCAAAGGUGUCCGCCCCAGAUUGGUCAAAGGAUUUUCAGCAUUUUGUAGAAUCUUGUCUCCAAAAAGCUCCCCCAGAUAGACCUACCUCUGCUAGACUUCUCUCUCAUGAGUUCAUCUUGAGACACAGAUCAUCGCCUCACAUUAUACUGGAUUUAAUUGCUCGAACCAAAAAAGCAGUACGUGAGUUUGAUAACCUGAACUAUAGAAAAAUGAAAAAAAUUCUUCUCUAUGAGACAGAAAGUCAGCAGGGGGAUGUGGAAGGUGAGUCAAAGUUUGUUAUUUAUUAUGUUUGUUUUGCAGUUUCAACAGUGUUGUGUUUGAGCUUUUAGUUUUAUUUGGUUUUCAUAACACUUCAA